UCAAAGCAAACAAGUACGCAAAGUUAACUUCAAAGAUUUUAAUACGAAUAUUUGAAUAAAAUUUAACAGUGUUUAAUACCGGAAUUUAGUUUUGGAAUCAUUUGUUACGAUGGUGCGAUUUCGAAGUAUGACCCGACAAGAAUAUAAAAUAAAUCAUACAAAAUUCAAGAUAAUUUAUGCUUUUCACUCGACACCUUUUGGAAAUUGCUUAAUUGGCACCACUAAUACUGAUAAAGCUAUUGUACAUUUAGGAUUUGUCGGUAAAAGUAAUGAAGAAGCGUUGACUGAAUUAAAAAACAAUUGGCCUCUUUCCGAAUUGAUCGAAAAUGACACAGAUGAACUAAAUAACAUCGUACAUAAAAUUUUUUCCGAACGUGUGUCUACCGAUGAUUCCAUUUUACUUCUCAUGAAGGGUACAGAGUUUCAAAUAAAAGUUUGGGAAGCUUUGAUGCUUAUUUCAGAUGGUUCAACUGUUACAUACGAACAAGUUGCGCAGAAUAUAGGUAAACCAACAGCUAGUCGAGCUGUUGGAAAUGCAGUAAUGAAAAAUUAUAUUGUGUAUUUGAUUCCGUGUCAUCGUGUAGUAGGCAAAUCUGGUAGCAAUAAAUAUAAAUGGGGAACAAAUCUUAAAGAAAGUAUUCUGACACAUGAACGUAAAUACGUAAAUACUUGA